CCCAGCACAGCUCCUGCCCGCCCGCGGGACAGGGCUGGUGGCACUGGCCUCGGCGGGGCUCGCGGGCUUGGGGUGCUGCCACCGUCACCUCGGGACUUCUCGGAGCAGACACGGACCCCUCGUGGGCCAGGGCACCGCGCGGGACCAGCCGAGAUAACGCGGAGACCACAGCCGCCGCCAUGCCCGACUCGCCGGCCGACGUGAAGACGCAGGCCCGCUCCACGCCGCCCGGCAUGCCCCCGCCGCCCGCCGCGCAGGGAGCCUCGCGCCACCCCUCCUUCACGCCCAGCACCAAUCGAGACGCUGGCCCUCCGACGUUUCUGCCUCGCGGCCGUUUUCAUGGUUGCUUGAAAUGGUCGAUGGUCUGUCUUUUGAUGAACGGGAGCAGCCACUCGCCAACCGCCAUCAAUGGGGCUCCGUCCACCCCCAACGGGUUCAGCAACGGGCCAGCCACCUCCUCCAGCGCCUCCCUGUCCACCCACCAGCUCCCUCCGGCCUGCGGUGCCCGCCAGCUCUCCAAGCUCAAGCGCUUCCUCACCACCCUGCAGCAGUUUGGGAACGACAUCUCCCCCGAGAUCGGGGAGCGGGUGCGCACCCUCGUCCUGGGGCUCGUGAACUCCACCCUCACCAUUGAGGAGUUUCACGCCAAGCUCCAAGAGGCCACCAACUUCCCGCUGCGACCCUUCGUCAUCCCCUUCCUCAAGGCCAACCUGCCGCUGCUGCAGCGGGAGCUGCUGCACUGCGCCCGCAUGGCCAAGCAGACCCCGGCCCAGUACCUGGCCCAGCACGAGCAGCUGCUGCUGGACGCCAACGCCUCCUCUCCCAUCGACUCCUCCGAGCUGCUCCUGGAGGUGGGCGAGAGCGGCAAGAGGAGGACGCCAGACAGGACCAAAGAGAACGGUUUGGACCGAGACCCCCUGCACCCCGAGCACCUCAGCAAGCGGCCGUGCACCAUGAGCCCAGCGCAGCGCUACAGCCCCAGCAACGGGCUGAGCCACCCCCCGAACGGGCUGGGGCACCCCCCUGCCGGCCCCCCCCUGCCCCAGCACUACCGCCUGGAGGACAUGGCCAUGGCACACCACUACCGGGACAGCUACCGGCACCCCGACCCCCGGGAGCUCCGCGAGCGCCAGCGGCCCGCCGCCGUGCAUGGGACGCGGCAGGAGGAGGUGAUCGACCACCGGCUCACGGACCGGGAGUGGGCGGAGGAGUGGAAACACCUCAACAACCUGCUGAACUGCAUCAUGGACAUGGUGGAGAAGACGCGGCGGUCGCUGACGGUGCUGCGGCGGUGCCAGGAGGCCGAUCGCGAGGAGCUCAACCACUGGAUCCGGCGCUACAGCGACGCCGAGGACAUGAAGAAAGGCAGCCCCCCCUCCGCACGCCCCCACAACUCCUCCUCCGCCGCCGCCGAGGCUCCCCAGUUAGACGCUCACCGGGACUUCGCGCCGCGGCCGCUCUCCGGGUACAUGCCCGAGGAGAUCUGGAGGAAGGCUGAAGAAGCCGUGAACGAGGUGAAGCGCCAGGCCAUGUCCGAGCUGCAGAAGGCCGUGUCGGACGCCGAGCGGAAAGCCCACGAGCUGAUCACGACGGAGCGCGCCAAGAUGGAGCGGGCCCUGGCCGAGGCCAAGCGCCAGGCGUCCGAGGAUGCCCUCACCGUCAUCAAUCAGCAGGAGGACUCGAGCGAGAGCUGCUGGAACUGCGGCCGGAAGGCGAGCGAGACGUGCAGCGGCUGCAACACCGCGCGCUACUGCGGCUCCUUCUGCCAGCACAAGGAUUGGGAGAAGCACCACCACGUCUGCGGGCAGACUCUGCAGGGGCUGCCGGGCCCCGCCGCCCCCGGGCCGGGCCAGCCCGACGGGGUGCCCGCCAUGGCCAGCAGCCCCAGCGAGGCGGGCUCGGUGGCCGCGUCCCGCGCCGGCACUCCGGCCACGCCGGCGCCGCUGGACAGCGCGUCCCGCUGACCGCCCUGGGGCUGCCGGAGCCACGGACUGCACCCCGUGCAAUUUCCUCAGCUACCUGACUCGUGUGACCUCCGAAACGACCUCUCUAGCUCUCACAACUAAUCCUCACGGAUCCUCAAGCUGGGCUUUAAGUGGAGUUAAGGCAAAUACCGGUCUCUGUUCUUUCUUCAGUCUUUGUUUUGGCUUUUUUCGGUUGGUUUUCUGUCGGUUGGGGGAUUGCGGUUUGGGAUUUUUUGGGUUUUUUGGCUGUUUUUAUUUUUCCUUUUUGCUCUUUGGAUGAGGGAUUUGGCUCCAGCAUCACCGUGCAGUGCUGUGGGGAGAGACCAGCCCGAUCCCAUCCCCCAUCAGCGCUGCCGAGGGGCUCACUUGGAGGAGGAAAGAAUUUUCCUUUCUUCAUCUCUCUCUUCCCAUUUUUUUUUUCUUUUUACCUUUUUUUUUUUUUUUGUAAAAAAAAAUAAAGAAAAUAAAAAAGAAAACGUCGGACUCUUUGGCUUUAAGUAAGAAAUUGUAAAAAAGAAAAAAAAAAAAGAAAAAAAAAAAAAAAGGAAAAAUCCAAAAACCAGACGACGCGUGACGGACGCUCACCUGUAACUACCUUGCUAGCUAGCCAAGAACAGACCAGACUCACCUCUGCUCCAAAGGAAAUCCAAAACCAAGGAAGAUCCAAACGUCUCUCCACUGCCAAAGUUCGUUUCGUUCUGUUGUCGCUUCCUUCCCCUCCCCACAAGGAUGGAUGGACAUGCCCCUGGGGCUUUAAAGAAUUUCUAUUAAAAUAAA